AUGCUCUCGACGUUGACAAGUGCUGCCGAAUUGGCUGGGUUAGUAAAAGAUGAAGACGCGGCUCUGAAAUUGCUUGUCGACGAAGGAGUGCUGACAUUGGACAGAAUUUGCAAAAACUGUGGUUCUCCGAUGGCUCUAAGAAAGAGAAAGAAUACAUUUGAAAUGUCGAAAAAGCAGAAAUUCGGAUUGUUCGACGGAAGGACUGAGAAAAAACUCCUGAUUUUCUAA